CAUUACCAUCCUCCAAUUAAGAGAUCAUAAAGGAAAAAAGAUUCUUAGUAACAGUAAAUAGCCUACCCGGAUUCUACCGAAAUUAAAACCCACAUUACAAUCCACUUCACAAUUCAAUUUCAAGUCCGUCACCCUCUAUAUAAAGAGCCCCCCAAGGUUUCAGUUCUUCACCGCAGUAGCAAAACAGAGGCAGAAACGACCGGCAGAGAAAUAAAAAUGGGAGGCUGGGCAAUCGCAGUGCAUGGUGGUGCUGGUGUAGACCCAAAUCUCCCUAAUGAAAGGCAAGAGGAAGCUAAAAGACUCCUCAAUCGUUGCCUUGAUAUUGGAAUCUCUGCUCUUCGUUCUAACCUCUCCGCCAUUGACGUCGUUGAACUUGUCGUGAGGGAAUUGGAAACGGAUCCUUUGUUUAAUUCCGGGCGUGGAUCGGCACUUACGGAGAAAGGGACGGUGGAAAUGGAAGCUAGUAUUAUGGAUGGACCGAAGAGACGAUGCGGUGCUGUUUCGGGUUUAACGACAGUGAAGAAUCCGAUAUCUCUUGCUCGACUUGUUAUGGAUAAAACACCACAUUCGUAUCUGGGUUUUGCCGGCGCCGAAGAGUUUGCGAGGAAACAGGGUGUGGAGUUGGUGGACAAUGAAUAUUUCAUUACAGAAGACAAUGUGGGGAUGCUUAAGUUAGCAAAAGAAGCAAACUCAAUCCUGUUCGAUUACCGUAUCCCAACCCUCACCACCUGCGGUGGCAGCGCAGCCAUGGAAAAUCAAUUACAAAUGAACGGCUUACCAAUCAGUCUCUACGCCCCAGAAACAGUAGGUUGCGUUGUAGUUGACAAACAAGGUCAUUGCGCUGCCGCUACUUCCACUGGUGGAUUAAUGAACAAGAUGACCGGAAGGAUUGGUGACUCACCGCUGAUUGGUUCAGGGACUUAUGCUUGUGACUUAGUGGCUGUUUCAUGUACCGGUGAAGGUGAAGCCAUUAUACGAAGCACUUUGGCUAGGGAAGUAGCGGCGGUGAUGGAAUAUAAAGGGUUGAAUCUUCAUGAAGCGGUGGAUUAUGUGAUUAAAACUAGACUAGAUGAAGGCAAAGCUGGUCUUAUUGCCGUGUCAAAGAAUGGGGAAGUGGCUUGUGGGUUUAAUACUACUGGUAUGUUUAGGGGUUGUGCUACUGAAGAUGGGUUUAUGGAAGUUGGUGUCUGGUAAAUUUGUGUUUGGUUUAGAUGCUGGGUUCAUAUUGAAGUGAAGCAAUAAAUGUAAUAAUUGCAUGUUAAGAUCUUGAAUGUCUUCUAAGGUCUAAGGUCUAAGUUUCUACUAUAUCAAUGAAUCAUGACAAGUUUGAUGUUCUUUCAA